AUGGAGAGGGAUUCUGGUUCGUGGUAUUCGAACUUUGGAACUUGGUAUUAUUUCGAUAUAGGGAUGACUGAACUCACUCAACAUCAAAUCUCACAAGACUACGAGGAAUAUGUCGAUAGUGCCGGACGUUGCGGCCGGUUUCGUUACUGCCAUGCUUUGCUCGAUAGCCAUGACAAUCCCGAUUCCACUAAACUUUGCCAUCUGUUGUGCAAAAGCUUGUUCGAGCAAUGCUCGAAAUUCACCCCAUGGGAGCACGAAAUCCACGAAGGAUUCAAGGGCUUCCGCGAAUCCGAAAUCUUCAACUAUCUCGAAUCUAUAUGUAGAGAUGAACGCAACAAGAACAUAAACAAGUUCUUGAUCGUUGUGAAAUUUGGAGUGUUUACCAGAAGCAAUAAUGCUCUUGAUUAUGAUGAUUAUGAUUAUUACGAUAUCGAUGAGGAGGAACUGGGGUUCGUGCCGGCUAGUGAAUCGAGCAUCGAAGCGUUGGAGAAAGUUUCGGAUUUGAGUCUCCGGUUUCGUUGUGCGAUUUGCCUUGAAGAAGAAAAGGAAGAAGUUAAACGGAUGCCGUGUAGGCAUGUGUUUCAUUCCCAAUGUAUUCAACAAUGGCUCGCCAACAGUCAUUUGUGUCCAUUGUGUCGUCAUGCCAUGCCUUCUGUUUCCUAA